AAAUGUUGGAACGGCACGGUGCUUGCCGAUUGGUGUCUGAGGGCACUCAGAUUCGUUAUGUGUUCUUCGCUCCCUCGGUAGUUCGUGGUAUUGUGAAGCGUUAUGGGGAGGUUCUGUUGUGCGAUGCGACGCACCAACUGAAUUAUGGUGGAUACAUAUUGUGGCACUGCAUGUUCGUGGACGUCACAGGUCUGGGGAUUUCGUUUUUCUACGCCCUAUUACCUGAUGAGACGUCAUACAGCUAUGGGCAAGCGGUUGAGGCGAUGCGGGAGAUGGUGCCUAGCAGCAUACGUUGCAACACUUUGGUGAUGGAUAAGUGUGCUGCUCAGUUGCGGGCGUUUAGACGUCAUUAUCCCAACGCGAAAGUUGUGUUUUGUCGGUUCCAUGUGAAAGCGGACAUGGCUAGGCGUUGCGGUCGGAUACGUUGGAUCUCUGAUGGUCGUCGAAUGCAGUUGCGCGCGUGGCUUCAUAACCUCAUAUAUACACGCGAUGCGUCGGUAUUUGAAAGGAUAUUGAACGCGGUUCGGGGUGGCAAUCCAGAAUGUUACCGCUAUUUGUGCGCCACAUGGCUUCCACACGUAGACUGUUGGGCGGCUCACCGACUAAGGGAUGUUGUCCUUUUUGGAUGCCACACCACCAACAGGGUGGAAAACGAAAACAAGCAUCUGAAGCAGUAUUUGUCCGAGAGGUCAUCGUUACUAACUCUGUUCACCUGCGUGGUGGAUAGGGUAAACAAUAUCGUGCACGAAAGGAACAGCAUGAUAGCUAGGCGGUGCAUGAGCUUACUUUCGGUUCCAUCGGAGGUGUCCUCAGUGGCUUGUGUCUUUGCACAGCUGACUGAUUUCGCAGGCAAUGUUUUCCUAGCUCAUUUCCGUGCAUCGACCGUUCUCAGUUGUCGGUCUGAUGGCCCAUAUUGGUUGGUAACCUGCCCUCGUUCGAAAGUCCGCCGAGUAUACAUCACACAGGGCAGUGAAUGUGAUUGCGAGUUCAGUCGGCAGUGGCGGCUCCCCUGUGCUCACAUUUGUUAUGUGGCUUCGCUUCACGAGCACUCGGCGAAGGCCAUACUGCAUGGAUGUCGGUGGAUCGCACCCCGGCAACCUCCCGCAGCCUCCUCAGACAGUGUUGCAUCGGAUGGCGGUGUUCGGAUUCGAGACCAACAGCAAGGGGAUACCGAUGCGGUUGUAAGCCGCAGCAUGAAGCUUCGCAAGACUCAAGAUGUUUUGGCUGACAUUGGCACGCAGUUGUGCAGUUAUGGAUCUGAUAACUUCUCGGCGGCUUUGAUGUACCUGAAAAUGGUUGCGUUGCUGAUGUCAAAGGAAGCCAGUUUUCAGUUGUAUGCUCGGACGUCCAGGUGCCCUGUUCCGCUUCAUUUAGAUCAGGAGGCAAACGUUCGGAUGUUGUGCGGGUUGUCUACGCCGGGAGGGUCGCAUGUUGGCGCAGCGUCGGAGGUACCCAGCACGUCGGAGGUGAUUGUGCCUGCCCCGGUGGAAGUAACGCAUGUAAAUGACGUCAGCCCUGAAAUUGCCACCGCGACACCUGGUCCAUCCACCUCCACAACUGCGUCGAGGAAGCGCAAAUCGCCCCUAAAGUGCCGUGUGAUGGAGGUGAGCCCCAGUAAGAGUGCGCUAAGGGGCAAAGACUUCCGUAAACUGCACACACGCACAUCCUCCGGCUACAAGGUCCCCGUGAAACGGAAACACCAUACCCAGGGUUUGGUUUCAGAGGAUCUCUGCGGAGUAUGUCAACAGGAGGAUGAUGUGGAAAAUCGCGGGGACUCGGUGCAAUGGGUGAUGUGCGAUGCGUGCUCGAAAUGGUACCAUGCCUCAUGUGUGUGCUAUGCUGGUGAUGAAGAAUUCAUUUGCUUUUCAUGCUCAACGUAGUGUCUGUGGCAGCUGCAUGAAGUGCGUAGCAUGACAGGCGCUGCAGGUAUGCAAAAUUUCCCUGUACUUUUUAUUGUGCCCAUUUGUGUUAUUGCAGACGGUAUUGAAGUGUGCUGCAGAUAUAAAAAGGUGCGAAUGAGAGGUGAACAAUGUGGGGGUACAGGUGCCUCACGGCCGAAAGGUGAUGCCAAGGUAAGCUUGCAUUAUGCAUGUUAUGAUCCUUGAUUUAGACUCCAUCAUUUCGAACAACGGUCUACGGACUUCCACUUAUGGCCUGCACCGUACAUAAAUGGUCGCAGUUCGGGUUCCGUUUGCUUGAUGUGAACGUUCAAUCAUCCGUCCUCACAGGUAAGCAGUGUGAUCAAUGAGGAAUGUUCACAUCACAAGUGAUUUGACAUGCCAAGCCCAUUGCCUUUUGAGUUUGCACCGCCACUGAGCC